CAUAUCGACGCUACUUUUAAUCUGAGUGAGAUAGGAUACCCGGUGAUCACGUGUGGCUUCAGUGACGCUUCCCGAACGUACCAUUUGGCAGCAAUGUUUGUCGUCAGCCGACAUACGCAGAGCGAGUACUCUGGUGUUUUAUCUGCGCUACUUCAAGUCUAUGCGAAACUGUUCUCCGUGCAACCUAGGAUUGACGCUGUGCUUGGGGAUGCUGAGAAAGCUCAGUACAACGCGUUACGUGGUAUCAUUCAAUUUCAAGAUGCAACAUUUUUUAUGUUUUUUUUUCACGUGCUGUACCAUGUGAGAAAGCGCACACGGCAACUCGACAAUUUUGCCGGUGCAAUGGUGUACAGGUGUAUAAUCUCAAUGCACUACGCGAGAAGCCUUUUGGAAUACUACCGAAUUCGCGAUUCAAUUUUGGCGCAGUGGAGGAAUGUUUUUGUGCUUCGCUCCUUCGCAGAUUAUUUUGAAAAGCAGUGGCUCAAUAGUGAGUACUGGCGUUGGAACUCGUUUCACACACCUAUUGGAUACGCUGCCACCAACAACCCGUGCGAAACAGUCAACGCUAGUGUCAAAAGGCAUGUUAUGCGCAAAAUGUUUGACACAAGUCGUUUGCUGAGGAAGCUUACUGUGAGAUCGGGAAAUGACUGCGGCCGGGCGAGUUCCGGCCGAGGUCUAACUGCCUUGAGCUUGCGAGUGAUAGCUGACCGAGGGCUCUGA